AUGGCCGGUCCUGGUGGUGGCCCUCCUCGCAAGAGCCAUACCAAGUCGAGGAAUGGCUGUGCGACAUGCAAGAGACGUCAUAUUAGAUGCGAUGAGACCUUCCCACAAUGUCGAAACUGCACCAAGCACAAUUGCCGUUGCGACUACAUGGAUGUUGCUCUUGCACGUGAGCAAUCCAACAAGGCCCGCAAAGCCCCCGACCUGCUCAUGUCACCAGAGAUCGAGAUGGAGAUUGAGAACUGGCACGUCACGGGAGUGCCUCCCUUCCCAGAACUGAUGCACUACCCUCGAAAUGCAUGGUACAAGCUGUUCCGGUCAGACUUGCGUUUGAUCCAUCAUAUCAUCGGACUGUCCAUCGAUCUUCAUCGCCGCGGUUUCGGAGAGUGUACCAUCUGGGCUCAGAAGAUGCCACUCUUUCUGUCCCUUGCUCUGUCCAACGACUUCGUGAUGAGCUCGAUCCUGACCCUUUCGGCUUCCCACCUUGCCUGGAUCACACGGAAUCAAGAGACCAAGCAGCUGGCAUAUCAUCAUCGCGGUAUCGCAAUCAAGGGUCUGCACAAGGCCAUUGGGACAUUCUCAAAGGAGAACUCCGAGGCCAUCCUGGCUUCAUCUAUUUUGCUCUCCUGGCAAGCAUCUGAUUGGCAAACGUGGGCAUCCGUACAGCAAGGUCUUACUACGGUCUUGAACGCGAUGCACCCAAUCUGGAAGCACGAGUCCGAAUUAGCCGUCCUUCUCGAGAACCAAAGGUAUCUGGGAUGCACAAACUCCCCAGUGAUGACAGGAUACCGCUUUCAGGAUGCCGACCUGGCCAGCCUCGACCAGACUAUUGUGGCCCUCCAGAGUGUACAGAAGCGGGUCGUUCACAACCACGAGUAUUACACUCGGAUUGGAGAGCUGCUCGACUUUGUACGCAACUUUCAGAUGGAUCUUCUGUCACAGACACCCGAGCAAGCAUUCGAGCGUGUCCAACCGUUACGCAGAUGGUUGUUCUGGCUCCCCGCCGCCAUGCUCCGUGGUGGUGAUGCAGAUAUUGGUGCUCUGGCUAUUCUUGCACAGUUUUACGCCGUUGGAGUCGCCUUGGACAGCUUAUUUCCUGAUAUGGGGGGUGCCUACCUAGGCCCGCUGUCAGUCGGACCUGUGGAGGAGAUCUACCGGAUUAUCGUGACCAGGAGUACAGCAGAUCCCUUCAGUCCUGAACUACAACUUGCCAUGAGUCUCAUGGACCUACCUCGGCACAUCGUUGCUAGGUACAAGAGCCGUCUUCAGUGGUCACCGCGACAUUCCCUCGAUCACUGCUCUCCCACACCCCCCAGCCCAUACCGCAACUACCACGACUACCGCCUCGCAUCUUCAUCCUCGCCCUCUGCGACCUCGGCCACCUAUGCACCUUAUACGCCUCCUCUCGAAUCUCCUCUCCAUUCACCUCCUGCGGUGACGAUCGCGAGCUCGCCAUUCGACGCCGCAGGAGCUUAUGUGACGGCUCCGAUGUCACAUACUCUGUACCCGCCAUCGCCUCGACUCCUUUCCGAGCCCAGCUCGCUUCAGCAUUCCCCUGCUUUUGCACCGCCUUACCUCGAGAACAUGCUUUGCGGAGAGAUCUCGCGGGCGGAUGGAACCCUCGAUCUCAGCAUCGGACUCUACGACGAUGCUCAUUCGAUGCACAUUGCCGGGCUGACCGCGACGACGGAAGCCUGGAAUUGA